AACCAGGACGGCACUGCAGCUCCAAAAGAAAAACCCCAAUAAGAACAGCGCCAGUCAAGUGAUAGUCACAUACCGUAGCAGGAAGUUUUGUGUAUAUCCAUUCAGUCAGUCAUGGUGGACUCACUGCUGAAUGGCUGAAUCCUCUGGCUUUAGCACAGUAACUGUUCCUUCUUAUUCAGAAUACGUCGCAAUCGUCGUAGCUUUUCUUCGACUUGCCUGUGUGCAAGCUUUUGAAAAGCGUAGGAUGUCGUCGUCGUUGAGAGCUCUCUGUUUGGAUCUUUGUAAUUUGGCUUGAAUCUCGAAGCUUGGUGUUCUCUCUGCUGCGUACCUGUUCUCCAACAGCGGUUUGGUUGUGUGAGUUCUUGUCCGUGAGAUUGAGAUUCUCCAGAGCUGACGACGUUUUGGAUGCUCGUAUGCGUUUGAUGCCUGAGAAGAUUGAGAUUCUCCAUUGGAUCAGAAGAUUUCUCAAGGUACUCCUCAACCCCAAGCUUGCCAUCGGAAACUAAAUCCGCCAUGGAUAAGCUCCUGUUAGCUCUGAACCUCGUGAGGAUCAUUUCAGUCCUCUGCUGCUUCAGCGCUGCUGCAUACACUCCUGAAGACAACUACCUCAUCAGCUGCGGCUCCUCGGCCGGCACUAUGGUCGGCCAGAGGUUCUUCGUCGCCGACGACGACUCCGGCUCGGUCACCCUGACCUCUCCUCACAGCACCGCGGUGAGAGCGUCGCCCGGCUCGGUGCCCGUCUCCGACGCUGCCGCGCUGUACCAGACCGCCAGGGUGUUCGCGGCGCCGUCGUCCUACUCGUUCAAGAUCGGCCGCCCCGGUCGGCACUUCCUCCGCCUCCACUUCUUCCCCUUCGUGUCCCAGAGCCACAACCUCGCCGCCACGAGCUUCAAGGUGUCGACGCAGGACGCCGUCCUGAUCGACAGCUUCACGCCGGCGAAGAACGAUAUGUCCGAGCCGGUGCGCGACGAGUUCUUGCUGGAUGUCGCCCGUGACACGCUCGUUGUCACGUUCGUGCCGCUGGCCGGUGACCUCGCGUUCGUCAACGCCGUCGAGGUCGUCUCGGUUCCCGACGAUCUCAUGGCUGGCCCGGCAAGGACGUCACUGGGCCAGCAGCUCAUCCCUGCCUUUCUGCCGCUGCAAAUGGCGUACAGAGUCAACGUCGGCGGCCCAGCGGUCGCCGCCCACAACGACACGCUCUGGCGAGAGUGGACCAAUGAUAUGAGCUACUUGGCCUCCUCCUCAGCCGACAUCGUCACCCGAGAGUUGGCCUACAACGGAAGCCUGGAUCACCUGGCCGGCGAGGCGACGCGCGACGACGCGCCGGACGUCGUGUACGCCUCGGCCAGGCAGCUGGUCAUGUCGACCAUGGUGGGCCAGAUGACGUGGCAGUUCGACGUCGACAAGCGGCCGGCGAGCUACCUGAUCAGAUUCCACUGGUGCGAUAUCGUGAGCAGGGCGCCUCACCUGCUCAGCAUCGACGUGUACGUGGGCAGUCACACGGUGGUGACCCGUCUCGAUCUGUCCACGAUAGGGGGGAAUGGCACUUUGGCCGUGCCGUACUUCAUGGAUUUCAUCUUGGAUUCCAGCGAUCCAUCAGGCAAGAUCAGUAUCUACGUUGGCUCGUCGUGGUCGAUGAAGGGGAACAGAAGUGCAUUUCCAGGUCCCAUCCUGAACGGGAUAGAGAUCAUGAAGAUGCACUUCAGCUCAGGUUCCGUCGUCGUAGUCGAACCGACGGCGGGAUCAAAGAAGCAGAAUUUGGCCAUUGUUUUGGGUUCCAUCUGUGGAGCCUUCGCCGUCGUCUCCAUUGCUUUUGCGCUCGUCAUUUUCCUCAGGAAGAAAGAGGACAAGCUGCUGCCUUCACCGUCGCAGAGCCCGUCGUCGACGCCAUGGAUGCCUCUCCUCAGCCGAUUCAGCUUGCGCAGCAGAGGACCGGGUGCCAGCGAAGCAGGAUCGUCAAGCUUCGCCGUCGACAAAGACACGCCAGGAGCGAUCCCCAUCGCCGGCUCUUCUUCCCCGAGCUACCGCUUCCCGCUCGCCAUGAUCCAGGAAGCGACGGACAACUUCGACGAGCGCCUCGUCAUCGGCGCCGGCGGGUUCGGGAAGGUGUACCGCGCCGUUCUCCCCGACGGCACCAAGGUGGCCGCGAAGCGCGCGAGCCCGGAGUCGCGGCAGGGCGCGCGGGAGUUCCGCGCGGAGGUCGAGCUGCUCUCCGGCCUGCGCCACCGCCACCUCGUCUCCCUCGUCGGCUACUGCGACGACGGCGGCGAGAUGGUCCUGCUGUACGAGCACAUGGAGCACGGCUCGCUCCGGAGCCGCCUGUACGGCGGCGGCGCUGCCACGGCGCUUAGCUGGGCGCAGCGGCUGGAGGCGUGCGCGGGCGCGGCGAGGGGGCUCCUGUACCUCCACACGGCCCUCGCCAAGCCGGUCAUCCACCGCGACGUCAAGUCGUCCAACAUCCUCCUUGACGGAGGGCUCGCCGGCAGGGUCGCCGACUUCGGCCUGUCCAGGGCUGGGCCGGAGCCGGAGCUGGACGAGACGCACGUCAGCACGGCGGUGAAGGGCAGCUUCGGGUACGUGGACCCGGAGUACGCCCGCACGAGAAAGCUGACGGCCAAGUCCGACGUGUACUCGCUCGGCGUCGUGCUGCUGGAGGCGCUGUGCGGGCGGCCGGCUGUGGACCCCAGGCUCCCAAAGCCGAUGGUGAACCUGGUGGAGUGGGCCCUGCACUGGCAGGGCAGGGGCGAGCUGGACAAGGUCGUCGACCGCCGCAUCGCCGCCGCGGUGAGGCCACAGGCCCUGGCGAAGUACGGCGAGACGGCGGCCAGGUGCCUGGCGGAGCGCGGCGCGGACAGGCCGGCGAUGGAGGACGUCGUGUGGAGCCUGCAGUUCGUGAUGCGGCUGCAGGACGACAGUGGCCUCGACUUCUCCGACGUGAACAGCCUCAACUUUGUGCGUGAGCUCACUCCGCCUUCGGAUCCUCGUCGGCACGAGGAUGAAGCCGGAGGUGAGGAAGAGGGCGCGACUGCGACCGACGGUGAGUACACCGACGUGUCCAUGCGAGGGGUCUUCUGGCAGAUGGUCAAUGUGGGCGGGAGGUGAAGGUGAUAACGUUCAGCAUUUUCAGUCUGUUAUACAUGAAUAGUGGAAAGCAUUUUUGGAUUUCUGCAUUCCAGAAUAAGAACUUGAAUCAGCUUCAAUUUUGAUCAUAUAGUGCUUGAAUGGUACGAGUUUAUCUUAAUGUCUAAA